GAGGACCCAGAGCCCCCACACAUUAAAGAGGAACAGGAGGAACUCUGGACCGGUCAGGAGGGAGAGCAGCUUCAAGGUCUGGAGGAGGCUGAUAUCACCAAGUUCACAUUCACUCCUGUGAAGAAUGAAGAUGAUGAAGAGGAAGCUCAGUCCUCACGACUUCAUCAAAGACAAACUGAACAGAUGGAAACAGAAGCUGAUGGAGAGGACUGUGGAGGACCAGAACCAGACAGGAACUCAGAUCCAGAUAGACAUCCAGAACCAGAUACUAAUGUGAAGACUGGAGACUCUUCUGACACUGAUGACAGUGGUGAUUGGAAGGAGACCAGAGAACCUCAGUCAGGUUUGAACUCUGUGAAUAAUGAUGAAGUUCCUGUCAGUGAUUCAAGAUGUAGUGCUGGUGAGAAACCUUUCAACUGCUCAGUCUGUAAGAAAUCUUUUGGACGGAGGCAAACUAUAAAGAGACACAUGGUAACUCACACAGGAGAUAAACCUUUCAGCUGCUCAGAAUGUAAUACAUCUUUUUCACGUAGUGGACAUUUACAGAGACACAUGAGGUGUCACACAGGGGAAAAACUUUUCAGCUGCUCCCUUUGUAAGAAAUCUUUUGGACGGAGGGAAACUUUACAGAGACACGUGAGACUCCACACAGGAGAGAAACCUUACAGCUGCUCAGAAUGUGAUAGAGGUUUCACUGACAGUCGAGGUCUGAAGACACACAUGAGAUGUCACACAGGAGAGAAACCUUUCAGCUGCUCUCUGUGUGAUAAUAGAUUUCAGUACAAGUCAGCUCUGAAGUUACACAUGAAAGCUCAUACAAGAGACAACCGGCUGUAAAGGUUCUGUUUGUACACAAAAGGUGAAUCUGACACACCACAUGGCACAUAACUCAGGGGAAGAACUCUGGUGCUUUUCCCCUAUCUUUAUUCAAAGUCAUGUUGUUUUAAUUUGAGAGCAUUACUUAUUGAUUCCAUGUUCAGAUUUUGAAUUGUUUCCCUCAAAACCCUGUCCUCACACACAAUCAGCCCCCGCUUACGAGUAGUGACACAAUAAACCUUGAUCGCUCUAGAGAUCCAUGCUUUGUUUAAGGUGACGCCUCCUCACGUUGGCAGGGAGCUGAGUACUGUCUUUAGUUUGAUCCGGUAGACUAAUUGAGUUUUUAUUUUCUAGUUAAUGUUGGUUUUCUAGAGGGGUCCGGGGCGCGCUCACCUGGAAGAACAUGUUGUACAUUUUAAAGUUAAAUUCAUCAAUCUGGUGUGUUUUGAGACCAAAAACAAGAGGCUAGUUCUAUGAAGAACUUUGUGCUCUUGUAAACUAUUGUGUGAUCUUCUUUUAGCGGUGGUGGAAUGUAACUAAGUACAUUAACUUAAGUAUUGUACUUG